AUGCUGGAAUAUUUCGCCAUCAAGAAGUUCAAGACCAAUCGCGACAAGAAGGUCGAGGAGCGCGCCGCCGCCGCCCAGGCAGCUGCCGAAGCCCAGGGCGCCACCGAGCCCAAGUCACCCAUCCUGAACGCAGAGGAGGAGGCUUUCCUGGAGAGGAUAACCUCGCGGGGUGAAGGGGAAGAGGAAGAGAUUCCGCCGCCGCUGCCCGCACGACCGAAAGCCGCCACAGCUCCCAUCGUCGCCGAGCAGGACCCUGUCGCUCAGACGCAGACAAAGGGAAAGGAUGCGCAGAUAGCUCUAAUGAACGGCGCGGACCAAGUUCCUCUGCCGCAGUCGCCGCCCGUUACGACGCCUGACGCCAAGGACGGCAACAAGAGGAAGAACUAUUGGUCUUGGGUUCCUGACAUCCCCACCCGCGCAAAGAGCCUGCGUCGAUCCAGGACCGACACCACCCAAGCCGCCGACACGCUGGCCGCUGCCGCCGAGACGGUCAAGAAUGGCAGAGGCGUGGAGCUCAACCCCGACGGCAGUAUCAACCUCGAGGCCGAGACGGCCAAGGAGAAGCAGGACCUGGCCGAAGUACUGGACCAGCUCAACCUGGCCGCUGUCAACAACCGCGUCUUCAGCUUCAGCAAGGAGUCGCAGGAGCUGUUGGAGAAGUUCAAGCUGGUGCUGAAGGACCUGGUCAACGGCGCGCCGCACGCCUACAACGACCUGGAGCGCCUGCUCAAGGACUCGGAGAAGCAGCUCGACAAGAUGUACGGCUCGCUGCCGCCCUUCCUGCAGAACCUCAUCAAGCAGCUGCCCACAAAGGUCACGGCAGCCUUGGCUCCAGAGUUGAUGGCUGUCGCCGCAGAGAAGCCCGACGCUCAUUUGCAUGCCCAGGGCGCAAGUGCGAGCGCACAGCAGGGUGGCGCCAAGUCAGGUGGCAAGAGCCAGAAGUACGCGAAGCAGGGCUACAAGUACGCGAAGAAGUAUCCGCCGCUGAAGAAGCUUGUGUCGGAACAGGGCGCCAUCGCCGCCAUGCUCAGAGCCAUCCUCAACUUCUUGAAGCUACGUUUCCCGGCCGUCGUGACUGGAACGAACGUGUUGAUGAGUUUGGCUGUGUUCAUCCUCCUCUUCGUUUUCUAUUACUGCCACAAGCGCGGCCGCGAGGUCCGCCUCGAGCGCGAAGCUGCCAGCGCUCGGUCCUCCGAGUCCGACAUCAGCAUCGAGCCCAAGAUCGUGCUCGUCCCCGGCACCAGGCCUCCCGGCUCUGGCGACGAUGGUGCCGCUGCCGGCCCGUCGGACUCGAUGCAUUCGAGUCGAGGUCCUUCCGAUGGACAGGACGGCGGCGGCGGCGGCAGCGGCAGCUAUGAGCCGCCCAUCACGAUCCAUGAGCAACCGAGCGGUACCGAUUCGAGAGUGGUCGAUCUGCCGUCGGUGCUGGACCUGCCGGAUCCGAAGACGGUCCCAUUGCCGGAGGGGGCGGAUCAGGGGCUGAAUGGGGGCGGAGAGGGAAAGGGGAAGGAGGUGUAG